AUGAAGUCAAGCCUGGUUUCGUCGAGCCUAGGAUUGCCGAAAGAAUCAUCGAAGCAGAAGCAGCGGGAAGCUGGGGCGAAAAAGAGGGUCGAGCGGCGUGGGACUCUCGACUCGUGGGUGAAGCGACUCAAGCCGUCCGCCGAUGACCCUGCGCCUUCUAUCGCGGAUAUCAAAGUCGUGUCGGCUCCUGCGUUGUCAGCGUCAGAAGAACGUCCACGUGGCACCUCCACAUUGGCCUUCUGGUUAAGGCAGGGGAAUGGCUCCGGCAAGGAGAGGUCAGGUGGAGCAUCGUGUCCGUCAGAUGUGCCUCGAGUGGACGAUGAAUACGAGAUCCAACGGCUGAGGAAAUCGAAGCUGAAGCGCAAGGCAGAGGCGAGCACAGGGGAUGACGAGCACAGAAGCAUUGAGGAACAGCAGGGGCUGGCGCAGCAGCGGGUGGAGCAGCAGGGGCUGGGGCAGCAGGGGCGAGAGCAAGAGCAAGAGCAAGCACGGCAGGAGGGGCUGGAGCAGGGGCGACAGCAGACAGGGCAGUUGGAGCAGAAUAUCGAGAGGCGUGCUGAGGAUGAGCGGCAGGAGGGUGUGCACGAGGGGCGAGAUCAGACGCACUCGCUGCGAUUGCAGGAGGAGCAUCCGACAAGUCCGAGAGAGCAUUCGAGAAGUCCGAGAGAGCAUCCGAAAAGUCCGAGAGCGGCCCAUACUCUGCUGGAACAGCUGGGUUCGGAGCGGCCGGAGCAGAAACAACAGCAGCGGCCGCAGCAGAAACAGCAGCAGCAGCAGCAGCAGCAGCAGCAGCAGCAGCAGCAGCAGCAGCAGCAGCAGCAGCAGCAGCAGCAGCAGCAGCGGCAGCGGAAGCAGGUGCUGGCGUGUUUGGACUUUGGGCAGAAGGACCUGCUUCACACCACGUGCCGUGUGUGCGGAUUCGUGUUUGCCAAGGGGCUCAAGGCGGACGAGAUGGCGCAUGAGGCGCAUCACAAGCUGUUCUGUGGCACUGUAACCAUCCAGGGAUGGAGGAACGAGCGCGUUGUGCACACUGCUUCAGAGAGCACUAGGGACACACGCAACGCAUGCUCCACAGGAGCAGGGGCCGCAGAGACCCUAGCAGGCAGAAUAGUGCUCAUCACCCACGCAGACUGCACAGCAGUGCAGCUGGCAAAGAUGCAAGAAAUAGCGGCGGUAUUGGAGAGGGCAAUGGGUGUGAGCCCCACGUGGCUGCUGGGCGGCCAAUGGAAGGCGUAUCUGUACAUUCGUGGGAGGCAGCUGCUGGGGUGCCUUGUGGCCGAACCCAUUUCCCAGGCGCGCCCAGCACAGGCAUCUUCGAACCAGCCAAGUGCAAGGGUGUGUGCAAGGGUGUGUGGCUCAAGAGAAGCGCCAGAGCAACCAGAAGAGCAGGUGUUUCGUGAGGCUCCUGAAGUGGAGGAGCAAGGAGGUGUGCUGUGUGCAGCUGCGAACCGGCUGAGUGCAGGGGUGUGUGGCCCAUGGGCAGCGCCAGAGCAACCAGCAGAGCAGCUGUUUCGUGAGGCUCCUGAAGAGGAGGAGCAAGAGGAUGAGAUGUGUGCAGCAGUGUGUGGAGUGAGGGCCAUCUGGGUGCACCCAGCGCACAGGAAGAGAGGUGUUGCAACUGAGAUGAUGAAGGCUCUGAUCACACUCUCUUUCACCUCGCCCAUGCGCUCUCACUUUCCCAUGCGCUCUCACUUUCCCAUGCGCUCUCACUUUCCCAUGCGCUCUCACCUUCCCAUGCGCUCUCACUUUUCCAUGCACUCUCACUUUCCCGUGUGCUCUCACUUUCCCAUGCGCUCUCACUUUCCCAUGCGCUCUCACUUUCCCAUGCGCUCUCACUUUCCCAUGCGCUCUCACUUUCCCAUGCGCUCUCACUUUCCCAUGAACUCUCACUUUCCCAUGCGCUCUCACUUUUCCCAUGCUCUCCAUCUCACAUUCACAAUGUUUUGUUUCAUCCUACUACAUUCCAACCCUAACCCAUUUUCAUCACUUCCCCUCCACUGCAGCAUCUCCUUUGUCCAUGCCUGCUCACUCUCCCCGUCUUUCCUCUCACUUUCCCCUCGCACCCGCUUGAUUGGCCACCUUCCUUCCCCCUCUCCCCACCCCCUUUGCCUGCCGAUCACGUCACCUUUGCCUGCUCACUCUGCCCAUCUUGCCUCUCCAUCUUGCCUCUCCAUCUUGCCUCUCCAUCUUGCCUCUCCAUCUUGCCUCUCCAUCUUGCCUCUCCAUCUUGCCUCACCAUCUUGCCUCUCCAUCUCUCACUGCCUCCUCCCCCACCUCCUUUUCCCCCUCCCACUGCCUGCCAUCACAUCCCCCCCACCACAGCGUCUCCUUCGCCUAUGCCUGCACGCUCUCACCAACCACCUCCCCACUUUUUUUCCCCUUUGUCAUCCACCCCCCUUGUCUCCCUCCCCUCCCAACCGGCCCGCCCCUGGCCGCUCCAUCUCCUUCGCCUAUGCCUGCACGCUCUCACCAACUCAGAUCGCAUUCUCGCAGCCAACCGAGUCAGGCAGGGCCUUCGCAGCUGCGCCUGACCAUUUCUCACUGCCUUCCCCCACACCCCCUUCUUCCCCUCACUACCUGACCAUCCCCUUUUACCGCAGCAUCUCCUUCGCCUAUGCCUGCACGCUCUCACCGACUCAGAUCGCAUUCUCGCAGCCAACCGAGUCAGGCAGGGCAUUCGCUGCUUCGCUCUGCCAUCCCAAGCCCUUCCUGGUGUACAAAUAA